GGGCGAUGUGGGGCGGGCGCUGGGGCCAUGCGGCGGACGGGCUGCGGUGCGGAGCUGGCUGCCGAGGCUGCGGUGCGGGCCCUGCUGCUGGCGGCGUUCGUCACCAUGGAGUUCCUGCCGCCCUUCCAGCGCCUGGUGCAGCCCGAGGAGAUGUGGCUCUAUCGGAACCCCUACACGGAGGCGGAUCGAGUGCCUGCGCUGCCCAUGGCCCUCAUCGCCUUCCUGUCCCCGCUGCUCCUCAUCCUCCUGGCAAGGCUCUUCCUGGGCGCCGACCGGGAGGACACACGGGAAGCCUGCCUCGCUGCCAGCCUCGCUCUUGCCCUGAACGGGGUCCUUACAAACGCCCUGAAGCUCGUGGUGGGCAGGCCACGGCCGGACUUCUUCUAUCGCUGCUUCCCGGAUGGACGAGCCAACGUGGAGCUGGUGUGCACGGGAGACGCCAGCGCCGUGACCGAGGGGCGCAAGAGCUUCCCCAGCGGGCACGCUUCCUUCGCCUUCGCUGGCCUCGCCUUCUCUGCCUUCUACAUAGGGGGGAAGCUGCGGUGCUUCACGCCGGGCCGGGCGGGCAGAGCCCUGCGCCUCUGCGCCUUCCUCCUCCCGCUCUUCCUCGCCACCCUCAUCGCCGUGUCCCGCACCUGCGACUACAAACACCACUGGCAAGACGUGGUGGUUGGCUCAGCCAUUGGCUUCGUGCUUGCCUACCUCUGCUACAGGCAGUAUUACCCUCCCCUGACAGACUCCAUGUGCCACAAACCCACGCAGCUGCCAGCACACCAAGAGAGGCCUCCAGCUUCCAGCUUCCACCUGGAUAUAUAGGGAUGGGCUCUGCCCUGCUGGUCCAUCAAUGCCAGGGCAAGGGGAAGGCUUUGG